AUUAAAAUAUGUACUGCCUCUGGAUUUCGUCGGCAAUCGAUCUAUAAAUCUGGAUGAAUCGGAACGGAUAAAUGUCAAAGAAGAGAAGUGUGUUCCCAAUUUUCUGAUACCGACUGGUUGAUUUUGAUUUUUUUAUUGAAUUAUUGAUAUUGCCCUAAAUUUACACAAAAAACCACAUUGGAGUAGUGAAAUUUGAACUUUUUCCGUUGAACACUUGGGGUUUUUUUUGGGAGGAAAAAAAAAAUGUAUCGGAACUUGGUGGUGGUGUACGAAGGGGAGAGAGUGCUGGGAGAGGCGGAGUUAAACCUGCAAGACGGCGUCGUAUUGGGGAAGGGGCUGAAAGAAAUUCGGAUAUCACACUAUUCACCGCCGAGUGAGAGGUGCCCGCCGCUCGCCGUGCUUCACACAAUAAACUCCACCGGAAUAUGCUUCAAAUUGGAAGCUACUACCAAGAAUCAGGAGUCGCCGCUCUCUCAUUUGCAUGCCAGCUGUCUCAGAGAUAACAAGACUGCUGUAGUUCCCAUUGGAGGUGCGGAGAUUCAGUUAGUUGCCAUGCACUCCAGGAAGUAUGAAGGAGGGAACCCAUGUUUUUGGGGGUUCAAUGUGGCAUCAAGCGUUUACAAUUCUUGCCUUGUCAUGCUGAAUCUCAGAUGUCUUGGGAUUGUAUUUGAUCUCGACGAAACGCUCGUAGUUGCAAACACAAUGCGUUCUUUUGAAGAUAGGAUAGAGGCAUUGCAGCGAAAAAUAAAUUCCGAGUCUGAUCAACAACGUGCAUCUGGGAUGGUAGCCGAGGUUAAACGUUAUCAGGAUGAUAAAAACAUAUUAAAGCAAUACGCAGAAAGUGACCAGGUAAUCGAAAAUGGGAAGGUUAUCAAGUCGCAGUCUGAGGUUGUUCCAGCUUUGUCAGGGACUCAUCAACCCAUUGUGCGCCCACUUAUACGACUGCAAGAUAGAAAUAUAAUUCUUACUCGCAUUAAUCCACUGAUACGUGAUACAAGUGUGCUUGUGAGAUUAAGACCUGCAUGGGAGGAACUUAGAAAUUACUUGACUGCUAGAGGUCGAAAGCGGUUUGAAGUUUUUGUUUGCACAAUGGCUGAAAGAGAUUAUGCUUUAGAAAUGUGGAGACUUCUUGAUCCAGAAUUUAAUCUGAUAAACUCGAGGGAGCUUUUGGAACGCGUUGUGUGCGUCAAAUCUGGGUUUAGGAAAUCACUUUUCAAUGUUUUCCAAGAUGGAAACUGCCAUCCUAAGAUGGCAUUGGUGAUUGAUGACCGCUUAAAAGUAUGGGAUGAGAAAGAUCAACCACGAGUCCAUGUUGUUCCUGCAUUUGCUCCGUAUUAUGCUCCUCAAGCUGAAGCUAACAAUACUAUCCCCGUGCUCUGUGUUGCAAGAAAUGUAGCCUGCAAUGUCAGAGGUGGUUUUUUCAAGGAUUUUGAUGAUGGUCUGUUACAACUAAUAUCCGGAGUUGCAUAUGAAGACGAUAUUAAAGAUGUGCCUUCUUCACCUGAUGUGAGCAACUACUUAAUUUCAGAGGACGAUCCUUCAGCUUCUGGUGGAAACAAAGACUCGCUUGUUUAUGAUGGAAUGGCAGAUGCUGAAGUACAAAGGAGAUUAAAGGACGCAAUAUCAGCUUCUUCAACUGCUCCUUCACCAAUUGCAAAUUUAGAUCCUAUAGUUGCCUCAGUGCUCCAUUACAUGGCACCAUCCUCUUCUUUUACAGCUCCCCCACCAACAACACAAGGACCAGCAAUGUCUUUUCCAAGUCAGCAAAUGCAUCAAGUGGCCACACUUCUUAAACCACCAUUAGUUCAACUUGGACAAGGAGAAACAACCUCCCGCAGUUCUCCUGCAAGGGAAGAGGGUGAGGUGCCAGAAUCAGAAUUAGAUCCUGAUACGAGAAGGAGAAUGCUAAUUUUGCAACAUGGUCAAGACAUGAGAGGACCCUCUCCAAGUGAACCUCAGUUUCCUGCUCGCACGCCUAUGCAAGUAUCUGUACCAAGAGUUCAGCCCCAUGGCUGGUUUCCUGUUGAAGAAGAGAUGAGCUCGAGACAACCGAACCAAGUGGCACUACCACCAAAGGAGUUCCCUUUGAAUGUUGAAUCUCUGCCUAUUGACAAGAAUCGAGGUCAUCAUUCACCUUUCCUCCAGAAUGUGGAGCCUUCUAUUCCUCCUGGUAGAAUUCUUCCUGAAAGCCAGAGGUUACCAAAGGAGGUAGUUGAUUUCUCGGCAGUCCCGAGAGAAGAUCAAUUAAGAUUGAACCAAUCAUUGCCUGAUUUCCAUUCUUUUCACGGUGAAGAUGCUUCUGUGGCUCAGCCAUCUUCAGCAAACAAGGAUUUUGAUCUUGAAGCUGGACAAAUUGACCCCUACAUAGAAACGUGUAUUGGAGCAUUGCAGGAUAUUGCAUUUAAGUGUGGAACGAAGGUGGAGUUCAAGCAAACUCUUAUAUCAAGCACAGGACUGCAGUUCUUUGUAGAGGUUCUGUUCGCAGGGGAGAGAAUUGGCGAAGGAAUGGGUAGAACAAGGAGGGAAGCACAACGUCAGGCUGCCGAAGGGUCUCUUUUAUAUUUGGCGGAUAAAUACUUGUCACGGAGUAGACCUGAUUUCAACUAUGUGCCUGGAGAUGGGAGUAGGGUCGGUAAUCAGAAAGAGAAUGGUUUUAACAGUAAUGCCAAUUCUUUUGGAUAUCAACCAUUGCCUAAUGAGGAAGGAUUACCCUUUUCAACAGUAGCAGCACCGCCGCGGAUUGUAGACCCAAGAACUGAGGUCUCGAAGAGGCCAAUAAUGGGUUCAAUUACUGCGCUUAAAGAGUUUUGCACAAUGGAGGGCCUUGGUGUAACAUUUCAAACUCAGCCACAGUUUUCGGCUAAUCCUGGCCAGAGAAACGAAGUGUAUGCUCAGGUUGAGGUUAACGGGCAAGUAUUGGGCAAGGGAAUCGGGCUAACAUGGGAUGAAGCUAGAUCACAGGCUGCUGAAAAGGCUCUUGUAACCCUGAAAUCCAUGCCCGGUCAGUUUCCAUACAGGCAUCAGGGUUCUUCUCCAAGAUCUAUGCAGAGUAUACCGAACAAAAGGGUAAAACAAGAAUUCAAUCGAGUUUCUCAGCGUCUGCCGUCAUUUGGCAGAUACCCCAGGAAUGGCUCUCCUGUACCGUGAGAACUCUUACAACCUUUUUAUCUUCUUUCUUCGGUUCCCGCCUUUGUUGUAUAAUAUGGGCCCACGAUUCUGUUUAACACGCACGAAGAAAUACAUGUAAAUUGGGGUCCAGGCGCUGCCCAUCUGCUGUGCUUUCUUUCCGAUUCCUUUUUAAAGAGUUUUGCACAAGAGUUUUGCCUAUUAGUUCGAAUUAAACGACGUACAUAUUUGUGAUCUAUGGGAAUUUUUGUAUCUACAUAUUGGAACUGAAAUGCGAAUCCUCGAAAAAGAGAGAAGAAAAAAACGAAGAUGAUGAUAAUGAAUGGCAUCUUCAAAUUGUGUCACUUGGGGAUUUUGCCUGAAGAAUCAUCUGUUGUUGGAGUUGAAAAGGACAAGCAUUGGUCAUAUUGCAGUGAUCAGGCACAGAUAGAUACAAGAUAUAUAUGAUAACUUCAUUGUUUUUUUUUUUUUUUGUUUUUUUUUUGUUCACUGAUGAUUUGGGAUGACAGGAUUUUGUUGGUUAAACUUACUUGUUUUUAUAUAUAUAAUGUCUGAUUAAUUCUAAGCUUCUAAUACAGGUCUUGCUUUACUUCUUCA